AACUAAGCAGGGUGAAAUAUAUAACAACAAUAAUAUAUCUUAAUCACCGAUUCAUUAAAUUUAUACCCUAAAUUAUAAAUAAGUAGCUUACCAGACGAGUUCGAUUGGGGCCGGGUCGUUUCAAAAACCCUACCCAAAGUCGCCAUCAUUCGGACCGGGCCGGACGGAUUGCGAUCCGUGAGCACUGAAUUUCCUUCGGAACCGUGAACUACAUUCUAGGGUUUUGUCGGUUCCGUUUAUUCAUUUUCCAGAUUUGAGGAGUAAAAACUAAACUAAGCAAGAGAGAGCUAGGGAUCAAAUUCAAGAUGGACGAUUACCAGGAGAUGGAGAGAUUUGGGAUGGAUAACGACUUUGAGGACGGCCAAUGGAUAAACGGCGAGUUCUUCUACCGGAGUCGCAAAGAGAGGCGCAAGCAAACCAAGGAUGAUGUUCUGUAUGGUGUUUUCGCCGACUAUUCCGAUUCCGAUGAUGAAGACGGCAACGGCUCAUCUUCGCGGAAGCGGAGAAAAGACCGUGAUUUUGGCCGGAAGCCUGACCUUACUAAGCCCGUCAAUUUCGUAUCUACAGGUACCGUGAUGCCUAACCAAGAAAUAGAUAAGAACUCGAAAGAAGAGAAUGUUGAUGACAUGUUUGCCGAAGAUAAUGACAGGCCUGGGUUAGGUUCAGGUUCAGGGUCGGGGCUAGGAUUUGGCACCGGAUUAGGAUUUAAUAAUAGCAAUAAUACUGUAAAAAAAAGUGAGGGGUUUGAGGAUGAUGGUGAUCAGGAUGAGGAUAAUUUUUUGCCUACCGAGUUUGGGAGGAGGAUCAAAGAGGGAGCACAAAGGAGGGAGCGGGAGCGAUUGGAAAAACAUGGAAAGGAAGGAGGGAAAAAGAGGGAAGUCGGAACUGAGGGUGUUGGGGUGUUUGAGAAGCAUACCAAAGGGAUUGGGAUGAGACUGUUGGAGAAAAUGGGGUAUAAGGGAGGUGGAUUAGGGAAGAAUGAGCAAGGGAUUGUGGCCCCAAUUGAAGCGAAGAUGAGGCCUAAGAAUAUGGGAAUGGGUUUCAACGAUUUUAAAGAAACAUCAGCUAAGUUGCCUCAGGUGGAGGAAAUUAAGAGUGUGACACAUAGCCAGAGCCAGAGUCAGAUUGUGGGCAGAGCAAAGGAGAAGCUCUGGGUGAAGGGGAGGAAGAAGAAGCAAGAGGAGUAUAUGACAGCAGAGGAGUUGUUGGCAAAGAAGGAAGAACAAGGUUUUGAGGUUAUACAGAAGGUGCUUGAUAUGCGAGGACCUCAAGUGAGAGUGCUGACAAAUUUGGAGAAUCUGAAUGCAGAAGAGAAGGCAAUAGAAAACGAUAUUCCAAUGCCAGAACUUCAGCACAAUGUGAGGUUGAUUGUGGACAUGGCAGAGUUGGACAUUCAGAAGAUUGAUAGGGAUUUGAGAAACGAGAGGGAGACAGCUAUUAGCUUGCAGAAGGAGAAGGAGAAAUUGGAAAUGGAUGCUACACGUCAAAAGAAACAAUUGGAUAACAUGGAGGAAAUCAUGAAUAUGUUGAGCCAUAUCGAGGAACAAAAUUCCUCUGGAAUCUUGACCUUAGAUUUGUUAGCAAAGUGUUUUACUGACCUGCGGAGGAAAUUUGCAGAUGAUUACAAGCUUUGCAACUUGUCUAGCAUUGCUUGUUCAUUUGCUUUGCCUUUGUUUAUUAGAGUAUUUCAGGGAUGGGAUCCUCUCAGAAAUCCGUUGCAUGGACUGGAACUUGUGGAAUUGUGGAAGAAUGUGUUGCAAGGUGACGAAAGUAAUGAUAUUUGGGAUGUAGGCACACCAUAUUCACAAUUAGUAUCUGAAGUAGUUUUACCUGCUGUAAGAAUAGCUGGUAUUAAUACUUGGGAACCUAGGGAUCCUGAACCCAUGCUUAGAUUUUUUGAAUCAUGGGAAAGGUUGUUGCCUGCAUCAGUUAUUCAGAGCAUAUUAGAUAAUGUAGUCCUCCCGAAAUUGUCUAGUGCUGUGGACUUGUGGGACCCUCGUCGGGAAACUGUUCCAAUACAUGUUUGGGUGCAUCCAUGGCUGCCGCAGUUGGGACAGAGAUUGGAGUACUUGUACGAGAAGAUACGUAUGAAAUUGUCUAUGGUUCUUGGUGCUUGGCAUCCUAGUGAUGCAUCUGCUUAUGCUAUAUUGUCGCCUUGGAAAACUGUGUUUGAUUCAGCCAGUUGGGAAAAUCUUAUGCGCAAAUUUAUAGUUCCGAAGUUGGAGGUUGCACUGCAAGAGUUCCAAAUAAAUCCUGCUGAUCAGAAGCUUGAUCAAUUCUAUUGGGUCAUAUCAUGGGCUUCUGCAAUCCCAAUUCAUCUCAUGGUUGAUUUGAUGGAGAGAUUUUUCUUUGUCAAGUGGCUACAGGUUCUAUAUCAUUGGUUGUGUUCAAAUCCAAACUUACAGGAGGUUCAUAAAUGGUAUACAGGUUGGAAGGGACUUCUGCCACCGGAGCUUCAGGCUCAUGAAAAUAUUCGAUAUCAAUUUACUCUUGGCCUUAACAUGAUUGAUCGGGCCAUUGAAGGUAUGGAAGUCGUCCAACCUGGCUUGAGGGAGAAUCUUAGUUAUUAUAGGGCACUAGAACAAAAGCAGUUUGAGGCUCAGCAGAGAGCUACAUCACAUGCUCAACAGCAACCUGUGAUGGGUGUGGGAAGCUCAGUCCAGGCAGAUGGUGUGGGUGGUGGUCUUGAGAUGACUUUGAAAGAAAUUGUUGAGGCCCAUGCACAAGAUCAUGGCUUGCUAUUUAAGCCUAAACCUGGCAGGACAUACGAUGGUCACCAGAUUUAUGGCUAUGGUAGCAUAAGCAUAUAUGUGGACUCUGUGCAUCAAAGGUUGUAUGCCCAGAAGGAGGAAGAAUGGUUCCUGACAAACCUCGAUAAGUUGCUUGAGAUGCAUAACAAUUCUCUUACAAAGAGACGCUGAUUUAUAGAGUCUCUGUAGAGCUGCUGGGAUGUGGAGCAACUACAGGCUGAGAAAGAAGUCCUUCAGAUCAUAUAGGGUCUGAUGCAUCAUGCCGCAAAGAAUCUUAGUAGGUUGGAGGAUAACAACCUGAUGGAGGUUUGGAUUAGCAUAUCAAACAGUCAACGGGUGGGAGCUGGAGAACCAUCAAGAAUUCAUCUGUCUGGCCAGAAAUGAAUUCAUCUUUCAGGGUAAAGAUUGUUUAGCUGUGGAGAUUAUUCUCCAUGCCCAAGGGCUCUACGAGGAUUUAUCUCCAUGCACCAAGGCCGGGAAUGAUUUCUGUUGAGGAGAAAACUCUGAUUCGUAAUGGGAACAGGACCUCCUGCUCUACUCUUGAGUUGGAUGUUCUUAAAAUUAGCUUUGGUGUAGCAAACCAAUCAAGCCGAGAGAUGUGGAACUGGAUUUAUGGCGAACGACAUCAGAGGUAUGGUCUUGUUUGAAGGAUGUAAGCAGGUGCUUGAUCAGGUAGAUCGUCUAGUGUUGGCUGCUGAAGAACCAAGGUCUGCAGAGAGCAGUCUGCCAAGGUGAUACCCUGUCAGUUGUUGAAGCAGCGGCUAGGAGAGUUCCUCCCCUGCAAUCCACUAAAAACAUCAUUGGUGGUGGCAGUUUGUAUUUUUAGCUGUUUUUCGAUUUCUUCCUUUUUACGUUCACUAGGAGAGAAACACACCAUCCAUCUACUCCCAAAAGAAAACGAAAAAAAAAAACACACUACCAUAGAAAUCAAAGAAAAAACUGGUAAUAAUAGUAAGCUGUGAGAGGGUUCCUUACACUGCGGAGACGUACGGAUGUACCCCACAUUCCUCUUCAAAAAUUCAAAAGCACUUGCAGAUAAAACAGACUUGUGCCGUUCUCAAGUCUUGCCCAUUUUUACAACCUUAUUCUUCAACAAAGCACUCUCCUUUUCACCUGAGCUCCAAAGGGGGUUUGUUCUACAAUAUGUGAAGACGUGUAUGUAUAUAUUUGUUAAUCACCUUUAUACUUAUUAUACGUUCAAUUUUAUUUCUUGAGAUUUAUUAAUCAUAGUUUUUGGAGAAAAA